AUGGCUGUACCUAAUCUAUCAAUGCCAUCCUUCGAACUCACACGAGCUGAGAGAAUCCAGAAUGAGGAACACGUGAACAACCUCGUUCAUCAUAGCAUAAAGCUACUCAAUAGAUAUAAGAAGAAAUCCUCUAUGUUCGACCUGAUUGACGCUUCCGUUGCAAUCGAAGAUGCAAUAGCUAUAGCCAGGGACCCGGGUGCAUGUGAGUCUCCCCCUCUCGCGAAAUGCUACCUCAACCAGGGACACAUUCUAAAGGCCAUGGAACAAUAUCCAGAAGCUCGCAUCGCAUAUCUACGAGCAGCAAGCAUACCCUCACAUAACCCCAUAGACCGCGCCGUUUCGCAAAAGGCUGCUAACUGGGUGGCGCAAAUGGACCAAAAAAUUCGGGAUGCAAAGAGGAAAGGGGGCAUAUGGCCAGAUAUCUACCGACAGACCACCUCGAGUACGGAUCCAGGCCAGUGUCCCAGCGAACUCCUCACAGAAAAUCUCAGAAAUAUCGACAUUUAUCGCACUCAACCCUUACUCAAAGAAGUGGGUGUAAGAAAGCCCAGUAUCGAAAAAUCCCAACAUCACAACUUGCAACGAUUGCAAGACCUAAUUCGAAGCAGCGAGCGACGGAUGACGGAAAUGGUAUCUACCCCUGGUCUUGACCAUCGAGGUAUGCUUUUCCCAACCUCCCCUCUUAGAUCGUUUAAAGAGCACCUUGCGAUGAGACAUGCUGCGACGAAGAAACCUUAG